AUGGCUGACGAGGAGAGGCUUCCGGAAUGGGCUCGUACUAUCGGCUACAAAAUUGCACGGUAUGUGAUGGAUCCAUAUCAAGCGUUUGAUCGUUUUGGUAUUGUUCACUCGGCCCAGCUAACGGAGAAUAAACUGCUAUUUCGUUUGUGGCUUAACGACUAUAUCAAGUCCAGAUAUCAUGAACAUACGUUAGAGAAUAUUUAUGCUUUCUUACAGCAGAAGCUACAGGGAAAAGAUCUGGUGAAUCUUCUGGAAGAUUUACGACGAGAGCCAGCCUUCAAGCAAUUCGCAAUUGAAUUACAAGUGUACAUGUUUUCAUCAGAAAGCACCGAAGAUUUGGUCAGUCAUGCCUGGAAGCAGUCUCACUUAAGCUAUCGAGAAAUUUUUGACUUUUUGCCUCUCAAUAAGAAGACUGGUAUUGAAAGGCAGGUUCGUGGAGAGGAAGAUUUCACGAGGAAGGCUCUACUCGCAUGGCUUCGCUACAGCCAAUCCGAAGCGCCAGCUAUAAAUGAUUUAUCCGAUCUCUUUGUGUUCGAGCUGUUUCAUUUUAACAUGCUUUACUUAGCGAGGACAGUCGCAUCAGAUGAAGAGUUAAACGGUGUGUUUCGAUUGCUUCAAAAAGACGAUAGGAUGGCGAAGUUUGCAAGUGAAAUGGCAACAGCACUCAGAAGCGAGAUGACCAAGGAGAAACGUUUGGCGCAUCCAAGGCCACUUCGUCCACAGCAAUUCUAUCAAGACUCAGGCGAGAUCAUUCCGAAUUUUUUUCAUUGGCUCAGGUAUACCAACUCGUACUACGAAAUGGGAAAACACGCGAUGACUCACAUCAAAUUUAUUGACAACGAGAUCUUUCGCUUCGAGAUUAUUAUGUUCUUGAAAAGGGAGACGUUUAGAAUCAAUCCGGUGGAACUGUUCAAAUCGUUGAUUGAUCGGACUCAGGACAUGCAGAACUUUGCAGUCGAUAUGUACGCCGCGGCCCUUCGCUAUGCAAAAAAUCAAGAGCAUCUCGAAACCAAUACGUCGCCUACGUUGUAUUUUCAGGACUUAGGGCUACAUCAAGUUGAGACGGCUUUUUAUCCAGAGAGCCUAACAUUUUUGCAGUGGCUUAGUUUCCUUGGGUCGUACGUGUCGCGAGAUCACCAAUUUUCCGUGCCUGAGAUGUUCGCACUCAUUUUUAAAGAUAUGACACCCCCACUUAUUUUUGGAGUUUACUUCGAGUCGAUCAAGAAGUUUCCUGGACUGACCGCCAUUUCUGAAAAUCUACAGAGUGAGGUUUUCAAAGCUUGGAAAAGUGGAGAAAUUGUACAACCCCUAGUUUUCAUGAAGUUUGUUCAGCUUAUGCCCGAGAAUGGUGUGGCAGUCACCUCAGCUAAAGCUUAUGCCAAUUUUUAUGCUAAUAUUCCGCGCCAAAGAGUCCUCCUACUCGAUCACGAACCCAGGUGA